UGAUACGGCUCCGUCAGAGACAGAAUAACUGCGUGUUUCAGUACACGUUUACCUUCGGUAGACCUAAAUAUCGUUGUGGUACACCGGUACAUAUUUGUACUUUACUAUAAGACUUCAUAAGCAAGCGAAUUCCCAAAUCAGACUUCUACCUUCAAGUAACUGCGACUAUUGGUGCGAAUCCAUACCAGUGAUCUUGGACCAGUGUUAACCGAGCUUUGUCGAAGGGCUCAGUCGUGGUUCCGUACGGUAUGAUACCAUUACCAGGCGACGGCGAGGAGGGUUGUACCGGCGGGUGCACGCGUAUCCAGGACGGCUUCCUGACGCAACGCACUGCGAAAGGCAGCAAAAAGAGAUGGGUGGUGUUCCAAGGUGACACAAGUACAGGCAUCUUCCAACUCAAAGUCUUCAAGCAUUCCAACGAGAGGAUACUAAAGAUAGCCCACACCAUCUCCAAGGACACUUUUGUGGGCAUAGAGAGGGGCGAUUUCGAAGACUCCACUAGACGGGGUCAGAAGCCCGGCAAGACGGUCAGCUAUCUCGCCAUCUUACUGGUCACCGACACCAUCCUGCUUCAUGACGACAUGCCAAACUUGGUCAAAUGGCACUCAGGUUUCAAGAAGUACUUUCACAGCAACAGUUGGGAAGUGGUGCCCAUGACGGGAGUCGCCACACCUGAGUCCAAGGUUGUUCUCCACAUUACCCAGCAUGCAAUCUCGCUGGCAACAAUCAACCCCCCUAAGCACUACCAGCGGUGGCAGCUGGGUAAGGUGACCGAGUACGGGGUCUGGGGUGCCAGGGUAUACUUCGAGAUGGACAGCUCCGAGACAGGCAAUGGAUACUUUGAGAUAAAGGCAUCGACCCUUGUCCAGGCCAACAGCAUCGGGGAUACAAUCAGCAGCUUGCUACCCAACUUAGUCCCAGGAACGAAGCGACGCAUGUCCCGUGACGGUUUCACGACAUCACCCUUUUCCCCUCGACUGGAGAUCACAGACAGUGCCUCCGAUGACAAGCAGCGUGUGUUCAAAUUUCCGCCUUCUCGAGCAGCACCCAUCAGUCAGGCUGUUUCACCUGGCCCAACACCCCCACUAGUCAGUCCGAGAACACCCUCGACCCUCCUAUCAACGCCCAUCCCCGAGUCAUCACCAAAAUCACCGCAGUCACCGCUGAAACUCGGCCCACCACCGGUGAACACACGGCCAGCAUUGCAGUCGAGUCUAUCACAAGUCCUCCAGUCACAAGCUAUUAGUUCGGAUGAACUGCGACAAAUGCAUUCAAUGUAAUAAUUUUUGUUUAUCCUUUUAGUAAUUACUUGUAUUAAACUGGACUUGUGGAAGGACUUGUGAUUUACUUUUGAUUUACUUUGUGAUGGUAUUUUUUUGUAUGUAUAUUACACAAAUAAU